GGGGUCCUGGAAGAGGAGCGAGCCGGCGGCCUGAGGAGGCUACUGACUGAGCACCGCACCGGGGGAGAGAGGAGGCGCGGCGGAGCGGACGGGCCCGGAGGUGACAGAUACACGGCGCGGCCGGGACGGCGAGCGAGCGGGCGGGCGCGUGCGGGACGCAGCCAUGAUCACUUCAGCUGCUGGAAUUAUUUCUCUUCUGGAUGAGGAAGAACCACAGCUUAAGGAAUUUGCACUACAUAAGUUGAAUGCAGUUGUCAAUGACUUCUGGGCAGAAAUUUCUGAGUCUGUAGAUAAAAUAGAAGUUUUGUAUGAAGAUGAAGGUUUCCGGAGUCGGCAGUUUGCAGCCUUAGUGGCAUCUAAAGUAUUUUAUCACCUUGGGGCUUUUGAGGAAUCUCUGAAUUAUGCACUUGGAGCUGGUGACCUCUUCAAUGUCAAUGACAACUCUGAAUACGUGGAGACUAUUAUAGCAAAAUGCAUUGAUCACUACACCAAACAAUGUGUGGAAAAUGCAGAUUUGCCGGAAGGAGAAAAAAAACCAAUUGACCAGAGAUUGGAAGGCAUUGUAAAUAAAAUGUUCCAGCGAUGUCUAGACGAUCACAAGUAUAAGCAGGCUAUUGGUAUUGCUCUGGAGACCCGAAGACUGGAUGUCUUUGAGAAGACUAUACUGGAGUCGAAUGAUGUCCCAGGAAUGCUAGCUUAUAGCCUCAAGCUCUGCAUGUCUUUAAUGCAGAAUAAACAGUUUCGGAAUAAGGUACUAAGGGUUCUAGUUAAAAUCUACAUGAAUUUGGAGAAACCCGAUUUCAUCAAUGUUUGUCAGUGCUUAAUUUUCUUAGAUGAUCCUCAGGCUGUGAGUGAUAUCUUAGAAAAACUGGUAAAGGAAGACAACCUCCUGAUGGCUUAUCAGAUUUGUUUUGAUUUGUAUGAAAGUGCUAGCCAGCAGUUUUUGUCAUCUGUAAUCCAGAAUCUUCGAACUGUUGGCACCCCUAUUGCUUCUGUGCCUGGAUCCACCAAUACGGGUACUGUUCCAGGAUCAGAGAAAGACAGUGAGUCAAUGGAAACAGAAGAAAAGACAGGUAGUGUACUUGUAGGAAAGACGCCGGAAGUGAGUCCAGAGCCCAAGGACCAGACUUUGAAAAUGAUUAAAAUUUUAAGUGGUGAAAUGGCUAUUGAGUUACAUCUACAGUUUUUAAUACGAAACAAUAACACAGAUCUCAUGAUUCUAAAAAACACAAAGGAUGCAGUACGGAAUUCUGUAUGUCAUACAGCAACCGUUAUAGCAAACUCUUUUAUGCACUGUGGGACUACCAGUGACCAGUUUCUUAGAGAUAACUUGGAAUGGUUGGCCAGGGCCACUAACUGGGCAAAAUUUACAGCUACAGCCAGUCUGGGUGUAAUUCAUAAGGGUCAUGAGAAGGAAGCUUUACAGUUAAUGGCAACAUAUCUUCCCAAGGACACCUCUCCUGGAUCAGCCUAUCAGGAAGGUGGAGGUCUCUAUGCCUUAGGUCUCAUUCAUGCCAAUCAUGGUGGAGAUAUAAUUGACUAUCUGCUUAACCAGCUUAAGAAUGCCAGCAAUGAUAUUGUUCGACAUGGUGGCAGUCUGGGCCUUGGUUUGGCUGCCAUGGGGACUGCGCGCCAGGAUGUGUAUGAUUUGCUAAAAACAAACCUUUAUCAGGAUGAUGCUGUGACAGGUGAAGCAGCUGGCCUGGCCCUAGGUUUGGUUAUGUUGGGCUCUAAAAAUGCGCAGGCUAUUGAGGACAUGGUCGGCUAUGCACAGGAAACUCAACAUGAGAAGAUUCUGCGUGGUCUUGCAGUUGGCAUAGCAUUAGUAAUGUAUGGGAGGAUGGAGGAGGCUGAUGCUCUCAUUGAAUCUCUGUGCCGUGAUAAG